CCUGCUGUUUAAUGGUUGUGGUGGCAAGCCCAGCUCUAUCGUUUCCCUUUUCUCUUUCUCUCCUCCACCUCUCUUGAAACAGUAUAUAUCCACCGUCUUUCUACCUCUCUCUCUCUCUCUCUCUCUCUCUCUCUCUCUCUCUCUCUUUAUCAACUUAUCCUAACCCGUAUUCGCCCACAGUACAUAUCAAACAAUGGAUCCUAUGAACUGGAGAGCACCGCACAUAAAAAACCGCUUUGUACAUACAAAACAUCAAGCACUGCGAAAAUGUUGUGGCUGCAUUCAUUUACGCGUCGGCGCAACACUCUCUUGUCUCGUUUGGGUCGGUCUAUCACUGUAUUUCGCUAUAUUGUCAUUUCAAGAAUCGAGCCCAUUCUUUUCACAUAUGGAUGCAGCACCACUGUAUGUAUUUGCUGUUGCCAGUCUUCUUUUGACGAUUGUCGGUUUCGUUGGACUCUUUGUCCUUUUUAGGAACCGAUGGGAGUAUCUUCGCCUUUUCUCUCGACUUGUGUGGACAGCACUCUUUAUUUUUCUCGUCGAUGGACUCGCCAAUGCUUGUUACUUUACCGUUCAACGAGGAGAUUUUAUGACUUGGUGUAUCGGAUCGUCGGCACGACAUAUCAGCUCCGCGGCUAGUUCUGCCAAUGCAACGAGCUCUUUUGUAUUCGAUGACGACGACUAUUAUAACUGUCAACGACUCUAUGAAGACGAAGUCAAGUUUGGCUUAAUUUCUAUCUUUUUAAUGAUUGUACUCUACGUCUAUUGGGGACUCUGCAUUUACUCAUUUAGUCAUAAGCAAGGUAUCUCUAACAUGGAGCUCGCUCGAAUGGAGAUGGGCAUGCAUCCAAGAACGGUCAUGGCUGCAGGUCCGGGUAUGGCUGCACCGCCACCGCCACCUCCUGUGGGUCGCGCUGCUGGUCCGGGCCGGUCAAACAUCAUUGUCCUCAACAACGAACCGCCAUCAUCCAACGUCAACAAAAACAACAACAACGAUAAUAAAAAUAGCAGCACCGGUGAGAAUGAUAGUAACAGCAACAACAAGAAAAAAACAAGUUAUUUCUCGUUUCGUUCUUUGCGACCACAUCGAAACUCUAUUCGUGAUCACGAAGCUGUAAGAACUGGACGGCUGGAUGAUUAUCAGCGAAGAACGAAACGCAAGUCAGUACCGAACCUUUUCAAUAGAGAGGUUGACCCGCACGAUGCUCACAAGAAUCGACGCCGUCGAUCAUCAUCCGAAUAGUGUCUUUACCAUAUGUGAUUACUUAUAAUAGAUAUCUGCUGCUACUAUCACUAAUGCUGCUGUUAAUAAUACCCCAUCAUCCUCUACCUCUCAAUCCAAACCAAUACGUCAAUUCUCUUGUUCUCUUUCUCGACGAUUCCCGCUUCUCUCCUCUUUCAUAUACUGAAAUUCGUGCAUGUGAUCCUUCUUUU